AAAGAAAAUCUUAAUAGAACGUUUUGAUCUCCUCAAAGCUUCAUCUCUGAAUCAGAAAAAACAAUUUCGCUCUCAAGUGCUCGCGAAUCUUCGUCUUCAAAACAAUUUUGCUCUUCGAUUGUGCAUNUCUCAAUCACAACAUUCCAUUGCAGGAUGUUUGUUUUUAGGUGUUUUUUGCUUCCGUAUCUGUGGUACUUUUGACACCGGUUGCUUUUGGGGUUCGGCAUCUGUGGUUUCUCUGUCGCGGGUUCAGGGCGGUUGCUUUGGUGGUUAGCGCUUGCUUGCUUCACUUUAAGUGUUCGCAGCUGCUUCGCAGGUUCGUGGCCACUUCGAAGGUCCGCGGCUGCGUCGAAGGUUCACGGUUGCUUCAAUUUCACGGGUAAAAAUUGAACGCGUGGUUGAACUGCUUAUGGAUUGGAACAUGGUGGUGUGAUGCCAUUUCAGUUUGUUUGCUUCCUCUUAUGAGCUAAGAUAUGGUGUGAAGCAAAUUUUCUGAGUUUGUUUUGGUUAAAUAGAGCAACAGAGAUUACAACUGCAGUGAAAUCGCCAUGGACCCAUCUAUCAUGAAGCUUCUAGAAGAUGACGAGGAUGAAACAAUGCAUUCAGGGGUGGAUGUGGAAGCCUUCCAGGCUGCUCUAAAUAGAGAUAUAGGAGGAGAUGUGUCUGCUUCUCAGUUUCCUGGUUCAGAUGCAGUGUUGUCUCAAGGAAGCAAUAAUACAUCAAGCCAAUCUUCAUCACAGUGGCCUACUUCUAACCAUGACAGCCAAAGUGAUGGUCAAAAUCAAGAACCUAAAACUGCACAAGAGCAACAUCCAUCUGAGAUGGAGCCAAAGCAACAUGGGUCUCUUGGCGAACACCUUCAGCAUGUUGCUUCUCAGGAUGUAAAUAAUAUUCAUUUAUCACAGAAACAAUCUCAAGAUGACAGUCACCAAACACCUGCUGUACAAGUUCCCCUUCACAAUUCUCAAACUAUCGGAAUUCAUAAUUCUGGAAAAGAUUCAGUCCUUAAUAAAGAAGUAGUAAAGAGUCAUAAUCCCAGCAGUGAAUCUCAGUAUGCAAAGUUGCAGCAGAUGAGUAAUCAACAGGCUACAGUCUCUGAGCAGCCAAGUAGCCAAGUAAAUCGCAGUAAUAAACAAGUACCAUUUGGCCUGUUGCUACCCAUCUUGCUUCCUCAACUUGCCAAAGACAGAGCCAUGCAACUUCAAACCUUGUUUACUAAAUUGAAGAAAGACGAAAUACCGAAAGACAGUUUUGUGCGGCUUAUGAAAGGUAUCGUAGGGGACCAGAUGCUUAGAUUAGCAUUAGCAAAGGUGCAAAUGCAACCUCAGGCAAGGCCCAAUCAAGCAUCUGCUGGGCAGCAGCUUCCUGUAAGGAUGCCAACUGUUAGUUCAGGUGCUAGACAAUUGAACGAUCCACAUGCUUUAGCACAGAUGCAUCAAAGAAGUAUGAAUGUUGCUGUUGACCAAUCUCGCAUGAGUUCUUCAGCUGGCCAAACCAUGGAUAGCAAUGCUAGAAAAUCUCAGGAAUUUGAUGUUAAAAUAGAAUCUCAAGGAUUGCAACCAAACCAGUUGACGUCUUCCACUUCCAACUCAGUAGCUCAAGAAACAGAAAGAGCAUCAGUUCACAUACAAGGGCUCAAUAAGCAGCAGCAACAUCAUCUACAUUUUGCAUCAGCAUAUGGAAACAGUGGUGGUAACUAUAACCCUUAUUCUGGGACAACAGGCAGUUCCACUUCGUCUAUCAAACCGCAAUCACAUGAUUCACACAUGAGUCAAAUUCCUCAUCAAAGUAUUGGUUCAAAUCACUUAGGUGGGUCAACACAUGGUUUGAGUGUAAUUGGUAUGCCAAAACUUGAACAGCAGAAUUCUUUCAAUGAUCCCAAGAGACUGCCAGGUGGAUCUGUGUCCUCUGCUGUAAACAAUGCAGCAUCUCAACAAACUUCAAAUGCUUGGCAACCAUCAACAAACAAAGAACAAAAUCUGGGCUUAAUGUCAUCUGUUUCUUAUGUCAAGAAGGAACCUGGUGACAUGUCUACUGAGCAGCAAAAUAGGCAUAAUUUGUCUAAAUUGCAUGGGUAUUCUUCUGUUAAUUCUGCUCAGCUUGAACAGAGUGGUGCCAGUCAAGGAGCUCUAAAAGACGAGUUUUCAAGAGGUCUUCCAGCAUCCACAAGCAUGCCACCUACAACAUCUACUGGCUUGCUACCACACAGUUCUGCUUCUGCUUCUGCUGUGACCCACCUAGAUUCCAGUGUCUUGCUAAGCUCUCAGAUUCCAUCAAAUGCUUCUGGAAUUGCUGCAAGGCCAUCUCUUAAAAAGUCUGCUGCUACCCAAAAGAAACCACUUGAAGCACUUGGUUCAUCACCUCCUCCUUCUAGUAAAAAACAAAAAACUUCUGGGGGAUAUGCUGAACAAAGCAUUGAACAACUUAAUGACGUCACUGCUGUUAGUGGAGUUGACCUCAGGGAAGAGGAAGAGCAGUUAUUUUCAGGGCCCAAAGAGGAUAGUCGAGUGUCAGAAGCAUCUCGAAAGGCUGUGCAAGAAGAAGAGGAAAGGCUGAUCUUGCAGAAAGCUCCAUUGCAAAAAAAAUUAAUUGACAUCAUGGCCAAGUGUGGCUUGAAGGGUAUGAGCAAUGAUGUGGAGAAAUGCUUGUCACUGAGUGUGGAGGAAAGGAUGCGCGGACUGAUAAGUAACCUGAUUAGAUUAUCAAAACAGAGGGUUGAUUUUGAGAAAACGAGACAUCGGACUGUUGUCACUUCAGAUGUUCGGCAGCAAAUCAUGACAAUAAAUAGGAAAGUAAGGGAUGAGUGGGAGAAAAAACAGGCGGAAGCAGAGAAGCUUCGGAAACUAAAUGAUGUUGACAGCAAUACUGGAGGUGAUGGUGACAAGGAUAAGGACGACGGCCGUGCUAAAUCAACAAAGGUGAACAAGGAAGAGGAUGACAAGAUGAGGACAAAUGCUGCAAAUGUUGCUGCUCGUGCUGCUUAUGGGGGAGAUGACAUGCUGUCGAAGUGGCAACUUAUGGCUGAGCAAGCCAAGCAGAAACGUGAAGGGGGAGUAGACGUGUCAUCUAGUUCUCAACCAGCUAAAGAUGUGAACCGCAAAUCUUCAUCAACAUCUGAAAGAAGUACAAAGGAUAACCAAGAAGGGGAAAAAAGAGGUUCAACCCCUUUUCUAGCAAGCUCAGUGGCCAGAAAACUUGGGAAGAGUCAUGCCAUGGCCCCUCAAACUAGGGUAGCUCGAAGCAUCUCUGUCAAGGAUGUGAUUGCAGUCCUGGAGAGGGAGCCCCAAAUGUCUAAAUCCCCACUCAUACAUCGCUUGUACGAGAAAAUUCAUUCUGAAGCCCCAGUUGAACAAGGUUAAUCCAAGUGCCUAGGCGAUCUUGUUUAUUUUAAUGUCACCGAGCUUAUUAUCCUAUUAUCAUCUUAUGCUUCCCUACGGAAACUGAAACGGUUCCAUCAAGUUAAAAAUUUGCUGUUUUGACUUACAUUUCAUAUAACCCAUAUAGUUUACCUUUUGAAUUUAUAUUUUCUCCUGUAUUCAUGAUCUCCCUGUGAGGGAUUUACCUAGUUUUUUGAGUUCCUUUGUGCGUAUUUUAUCGUAUAUGAUUAAUCGGGCUACACCAAGUGGAAUUAAUAAUGCUAUUUCAAUCUCAAUUUUAAAA